AUUUCUUAAGAAGUUUGGUUUCGACGCUGAAUAUUCUUUUCUUCUUCUUCGUAAUCCUGCGCAAUUCUCGACCUCGAAAACAAUUGAGAAAAAGAAGGAUAGAAGGGAGAGAGCCGAUUCUCUAAUUUUACUGGUUUCGAGAAGGAAAGUGAUGGGAGAGGCUGUGGGUUCAAGCGGUUCAACAACCGCCAUUGGCUCCUCCAACAUUGGCUUCCAGCUAUUAAAGAAGCACGGGUGGAAAGAAGGCACCGGUCUUGGUAUUUCUGAACAGGGCAGAUUGGAGCCUGUUCAAGCAUAUGUGAAGAACAAUAAACGAGGUCUGGGAGCAGAGAAGAAGAGAAAGACACCAAAGCCUAUCGAUCAUCCUGAUUCUGAGGAACAGGUACCUUUAAAGAAGACCAAGGCUGUUUCCAAGAGGAUGCGGAAGAUGCAAGAACGAGAGAAGCAUCUGCAAGAAAAGGAAUUUGAGCGGGCUUUCUUUAGGGAGUUUUGGCCAGAUAAUGUGUGACUUGUUAUUCCAUUUUUCUCUUCUUUGAAAGGCUGUCUUUAGAAUCUGUAUAGGCUGUUUGAAUCUAUUUACUCUAGUUCUUGGAAGAGCUGAUUAUAAAAUGUACAAGGUUGGCAGGUUUACUGGCCUUUCUUACAUUGUCUUUGUUGCCAGGUAACAAAUGAAAUGUGAAGAAGAUUUUGUCUAA